GCCGGCGACGGCCCCGGGGAGGCGCCGACCGGCCCAGAAGCCGAGCAGUUCCCGGAGAGCUCGGAACUGGAGGAUGACGACGCCGAGGGCCUGUCGUCCCGCCUCAGCGGCACCCUGAGCUUCACCAGCGCCGAGGACGAGGAGGAGGAGGACGACGAGGACGACGACGAUGCUGGCCCUGACCCGUUGCACCCCCGGGACCAGGCUGCGGGAGACGACGCAGGCCCAUCCUGUGCUCAUGCAGAACGGAGUCCCCCACCUGAUGGGCAGCGAGGCAGUCAGCCCCUGACGCGGCAGUUGCAAGAUUUCUGGAAGAAGUCCCGGAACACCCUGGUACCCCAGCGGCUGCUCUUCGAGGUGACCAGCGCCAACGUGGUCAAGGACCCGCCCUCCAAGUACGUGGCCUGGGUCAUUUCAGACGAACCUCAGCUCUACACCCUCGCCGUGAUGGGCCCGGGGCCGCCGGAUCGCCAGCCGGCCCAGAUCUCCCGCCGUUACUCGGACUUUGAGCGGCUGCACCGAAACCUGCAGCGGCAGUUCCGGGGCCCCAUGGCGGCCAUCUCCUUCCCCCGGAAGCGCCUGCGCCGGAACUUUACUGCAGAGACCAUCGCCCGCCGCAGCCGGGCCUUUGAGCAGUUUCUGGGCCACCUCCAGGCCGUGCCUGAGCUGCGCCAGGCCCCGGAGCUGCAGGACUUCUUCGUGCUGCCCGAGCUGCGGCGCGCGCAGAGCCUCACCUGCACCGGCCUCUAUCGGGAGGCGCUGGCGCUCUGGGCCAAUGCCUGGCAGCUGCAGGCCCAGCUGGGCAUCCCCUCGGGCCCAGACUGGCCCCUGCUGACUCUGGCCGGGCUGGCCGUGUGCCACCAAGAGCUGGAGGACCCUGGGGAAGCCCGGGCAUGCUGUGAGAGGGCCCUCCAGCUGCUGGGGGACAAGAGUCCUCACCCCCUGCUGGCACCCUUUCUGGAGGCCCAUGUGCGGCUCUCCUGGCGCCUGGGCCUGGACAAACGCCAAACAGAGGCCCAGCUCCAGGCCCUGCAGGAGGCAGGUCUGACCCCCACACCACCCCCCAGUCUCAAAGAAUUACUCAUUAAGGAGGUGCUGGACUAACCUGGCCCAGACUGAAGGCCACUGUGGGGAGAGGCACUGCCCCUAGAAGGGCGCUAGAGUCGGGGCUGAUGAGGACAUGGACAGCAGCUGGGAGGCUAUAGGGGGUGCUGGGAACCCCUAGAAGUUCCACAGAGAAUUUGCAGCAGACCAAGGAAACAUGGUUCUGUUGAGCUGGGCUCAGGACAAGCUUGGGCUGGGAUGGUGCAGGGAGAAAGUCUGAUGCAGCCUCUCCAGCUUAUGAAUAUCUGGGGACUGUGCCCCAGGUCAGGGUCAAUGUUCCCCUUUCCUUGGGCCUCCAAGCCAGAGGCAGCCUGGCCAAAGGGCCAGGGACUCUGCCUCUGGAAUCCUGGAGUUGAUGGCUGGAGGGAAGGCUGCAGUUCUGGCCCAGGGGAAUUAAACACCAGCAGCUCCA